AUGGCGAUUCCUCUCUCAUCAAGGUUCAAAGUUCCACAAGUAGAUUCGUACGACAAGUCCAAGGACCCCCUAGAGCACUUGGAAAUAUUCAUGGCCCACAUGACCCUGCACAAGUUCCCAGGAGAAAUUGUGUGUAGAGCAUUCCUUCUCACGAUAAAAGGGGCGACGAGGGCUUGGUUCAGAUCCUUGCGACCCAAUACUAUCGACAGCUCAGCUGAGUUGGCUUGUCUCUUCCUAACGCAGUUCAUAGCAAGCCGGAAGAGGAGGCACUCAGCUGCCUACCUCUUGAAAGUGAAGCAGCGGGACGAUGAAAGCCUGAAGUCAUACGUCUCCCGGUUCAACCAAGAGCGUAUGACCAUGGACGACAAGGAUGAGAAGAUCACCCUGGCAGCCUUGCUAGGCGGAGUCUGGCUCCGGAACUCGUUCAUGACCUAG